CAGGGCCGUGAAAGCGUUCCAGCAGGUGCUGUGGGUGGAACCAGGAUUUCCACGGGCCUGCGAGGUUCACCUACGGCUCGGCUUGAUGCUGAAGGUCCACGCUGAGUUCGACGCCGCCUUGAAGCACCUGACCCUCGCUUUGAUUGAUGCCACCACACCUGCCUCCUUCUCCAAGCUCGAGAUCAAGUUUCACAUUGCUCACUUGUACGAGGUUCAGGGCAAGUACCGUCUGGCCAAGGAGCAUUACGAGGCUCUGCUGAAGGAGAAGGUCCUGCCGUUGCAUUUGAAGGCCGACAUCUGCCGUCAACUAGGAUGGAUGUACCAUGUGGUUGAGUGCACGGUGCUGGGCAUCAGCAGGCCGCAGAAGCAAAACAUAGCUAUCCAUUGCCUGAAGCAGUCCAUCGAUGCCGAGCCGAAAAGCGGACAAAGUCUUUACCUUUUAGGACGUUGUCUCGCCGCUUCCGGAAAAGUGCAUGAGGCGUUUAUCGCGUACAGAAAUUCAGUCGAAAAAUCGGAAGGCAAUGCGGACACGUGGUGUAGUAUAGGGGUACUAUAUCAGCAGCAGAAUCAGCCUAUGGAUGCACUGCAAGCCUACAUAUGCGCCGUGCAACUAGACAAAUCCCAUUCAGCUGCUUGGACUAAUCUAGGGAUAUUGUACGAAAGUGUCAGUCAACCGAAAGACGCUCUAGCCUGUUACGUUAACGCAUCCAGGGGAAACAGCAAUAUAGCGAAUUGCACGGGUCCGUUCGGGGGUCUGGGUGGCGUUAAGUCCGGUGGUAACAAUUCGAUGAACCCGUCCCUCCAUCACCGCAUCGACUUUCUGCAGAGAAACCUAAGUCAAGCACCAAUGCCUUCCGUCGCUACCAAGAGGCGGCAAUUGCCGUCAAUCGAAGAAGCUUGGAAUCUGCCGAUCAGCGCAGAGAUGUCUAGCCGGCAGCAGCAGCAACAGCAGCAACCCGGUGGGCCUUCGUACAAAUAUGGUGCCGCACCGACUGGACCGCCUCCACCUUAUCCUCAAGCCCAGGGACAGAAUGCUAAGCGAUUUAAGACCGACGAAGUGAUAUCGGCCGCACCACAGCAACGGGCAUCACCGUUCUCCUUAUCGCCGCACCAACUACAAACGCUGCAUUUCUUACAACAAAAUCUCAAUAGCCUGACUCCGCAACAGCAGACUGUGCUUGUCCAGCUGCAGCACCAAUAUCGUGCGAUGCAGCAAUAUCAGCAACAGAUCAGGCAACAGCAACAAGUAGGACAGCGAGGCCUGAGAGCGGGACAAUCCAGUUAUCCUACGGGAUACAACCAUCCUCAGAACCUCGGCCAACCAUCGGGUGUCGUAAAAAACUAUGGCAUACCGCAACAACCGCAAGGAGGUACGGUUGCGCUGCAGACGGGUUUCUCCGACACCAAUGUUGGCUACAAUACGGUGGCAACCGGAAACACUACGCAGACACCAGGAAUGCCUUACAAAUCCGCCUCCGAUCCAACUUAUCCGUCGCAGAGACAACAGAUCACCGGCAGUGCUCAGUAUGGUGGCCAGUAUCAGCAGCAGCCGAAUCAGUAUGCUGCUCAAGGUUACACGCAGGUCACAUCAGCGACUAGCAGUUAUUCGGAGAGCUCCACGGCUCCAGCGAAUAAGGACAAUUUGGGUGUGACGGAUCAGGAGUUGCAGGCGCUGCUGUCACAGAAGGACAUAGCCACAUCGCUGGCGGAAGACCUUCUCAAACACUUCGGUUCUGACGAUUUGGAAACUGUCGUGAAGGAAGAACCGUCGAGCGGCGGUGUCAUCAGUGACAAUGGCACGUUGAGCUCCGGUCCGUUCUCGCCGUCGAAUCUCGAGAACGCGACAGAGGUGAAACUGGAAAAGUCGGAAGAAGCGGCUUCCCAGUCGACGCAGUCGAAAUCGACGGCAGAUGCUGUGACGACGACGGCCAUGACGACGACCGCGACGACGAACGUGAAUACGGUGAAAUGUGAGACAACGACGGUAAAGUGCGAGACGACGACGUCAUCGUUAUCCUCUAACACGACGAUGACGGCGACAACGAUAAACAAGAGCGAGGCGACCAAUAUUUCCAAGACAGAACCGAUGAUGAAUUUGAAGCUCGAAUCGUUAUGCGAAUCGCAACCGGAAUAUGAGCUAAACAUUGAAAUGGAUGCCAAGACAGUGAUCGAGUCAUGCAAGGGUCAGGGGCUAAAAGGAGUGCCGAAUUGCUCGAUACUGAGCGAUCGUUCGCCACCGCCGGCGCCGCCGGAUCCGCCCACUCAACGAUUGACGAAGGAACAACUGUUGCCGCCUACACCGAGCGUCUAUUUGGAGAACAAGAAGGAUGCCUUUAGCCCGCAUCUGCAGGAAUUUUGUUUGAAACACCCAAUUGCUGUGAUACGUGGCCUCGCGGCAGCGCUCAAGCUCGAUCUGGGCCUUUUCUCAACUAAGACUCUGGUCGAGGCGAAUCCAGAUCACGGUAUCGAGGUACGCACACAAAUGCAGCAGACCAGCGAGGAGAACUGGGAUCCGGCGCUCAAUAAGAAAGUCUGGAACUGCAUCAGUCACCGCAGCCACACGACGAUCGCCAAAUACGCGCAAUAUCAGGCCUCCAGUUUUCAGGAAAGCCUGAGAGAAGAGAAGAUACAAGGCGGCGUACAUGCUUCUAAUCUGUCAGAUUCGGAUUCGAAGGACAGCACCGGUCAGACGGUCCGACGUAAAAAGAAUACUUUUGGUCUAGCCGGCCGACCGGGAACCAAGAUGCUGCGCUUUGGUACCAAUGUAGAUCUGUCAGAUGAGAGAAAGUGGAAGCCACAAUUACAUGAAUUAAUGAAGUUACCGGCCUUCGCCAGGGUGGUAUCGGCCGGUAAUAUGCUCAGCCAUGUAGGCCAUGUGAUCUUAGGAAUGAACACCGUACAGUUGUAUAUGAAGGUACCUGGUAGCAGAACGCCUGGACACCAAGAGAACAAUAACUUUUGUUCCAUUAACAUUAACAUCGGACCGGGCGACUGCGAAUGGUUUGCAGUACCAGAUGCGUAUUGGGGUGUGAUAUGCUCGCUCUGCGAGCGCAAUGGCAUCAGUUAUCUGCACGGUAGCUGGUGGCCGAAUUUAGACGAUUUGUACGAGGAGAAUAUCCCAGUAUACAGGUUCCAUCAGCGACCGGGCGACCUCGUGUGGGUGAACGCGGGUUGUGUACACUGGGUGCAGGCGGUUGGCUGGUGUAACAAUAUUGCGUGGAACGUCGGCCCGCUCACUGCCAGACAGUAUCAGCUCGCAAUCGAGCGUUACGAAUGGAACAAGCUGCAGGCAUUCAAGUCGAUUGUGCCGAUGGUGCAUCUUUCGUGGAAUUUAGCACGUAAUAUCAAGGUGUCGGAUCCACGACUAUUCGAGCUGAUCAAGAACUGUCUUCUGCGAACGAUGAGACAGUGUUGCUUAAUACUGGAAUUCGUGAAGAGCAAAGACGUAGAAGUGCGAUUCCACGGCCGCGGCAAGAACGAGGCCUCACAUUAUUGCGGCCAGUGCGAGAUUGAAGUGUUCAACAUCCUGUUUAUCCGUGAACAGGAAAAACGUCAUGUAGUGCACUGCAUGGAUUGUGCACGUAAACAAUCUCCUUCGUUGGAAGGAUUCGUCUGUCUGGAGGAGUAUCGUAUGCGCGACUUGAUGGACGUUUACGAUGGAUUUACUUUGCACAUGCCACCUUGUACACUGGCCACCGCUACCAACACGACUACUACAACCUCAUCAUCGUCGUCGAUAGUACCGACGAUGUUACAGGCACAGACUGGCCAGACCUCCUGAGGUUACAUGCAACACAUAUAUUUGGAUUUCCUGAGCACGCUGCAGCAGUAGUGAUCACUACCAUCCGGGAAAUGCGAAUUCUUUCCGGAUGGUGAUGAUCACUACUGCUAGUGUUAGUCCUUGUGUUAAUGCGAGACAAGACAUUUCAUACGAUAAGCAUUAUCCAUGUACCUGAGAGCUACGCGAAAAGAGGCGGGACCGGUUCUUUAAGAGCUCCUCGUAGGCGACCGUCCGAAAAUAUACUGGAUGGUGUGAAAGCUUGACAGUAAUUUCUCUCGAGAUAUCGAGUUUUAGGGAAAAAUAUUUCGAGUGAAAAUGAUUAGAUCUGGAGGAUGCAUUAUUUUUUACUGUAAAAUUGCUUUAGUCCAAGAAUGUGCUCCGUUAAAUAUUUCUUUCUUCCUCUAAUAGCAAUGUUUUCAGAGACAUUAGCUUGUCAUGCUUUACCUCAUCCUGUACAUGUAUAAAUAUAUACACAUAUGUAUACAUAUGUAUGCAUACAUGCAUACGUACAUUAUACACACACAUACAAACAUACACACUUAUGUAUAUUUUUAAUUUGUGUACACGGCAGCGUUUUUAAUAUGCACUCUAAUCUACAUCUGACCAUUCGAAUUCGCUGUUAGGGACAUGAUUAUCACGACAGAGCCUCAUGAGCCGAUCCCAAGAAAAGAAGAGAGACUAAAAGGGAGGGGCAGCCCUCGGUAGACGCGAAGACUGAUUCGCGCUGCUUGCGGCUCGCUCGCUCGUUAGUUAGCCCUGUUUGUACAAAUCUCUAACUCGCUUAUCUAUAAAAAAAAAAUAUCACCACUGUCGCCAGAUUAUUCCCUGUAAAUAUGCAACGGCGACCACACGAUUAUCUUUCUAUAUAGCUCUCGGGUAUUGGCCAGAGAAGACUGUCUCUGAUUAUUAAAAGACGUAAUAAUCGGCCCGCGGCAUCGUCAUGCGAUCGUUCUCGUUUUAGCGCGUUGGACAUCUUUUACUGGAUUCGACUUGGUUUUUCUUAUCAUUGUUUUAUUUAUUAUUGUAAUUAUAACGAUUUUAUUGUGAUUUGUGAUUGAGAUUGGAAAUCUCUAAAUAUUAGACAUCGUGUCGCGAACAGCGUUUUUCUUUUCAUCGUGGACUUGAAAUCUAAUGUUUGAAUUUUUGUUUUUCGUUCUUCGUCCUCUUCGCGAUUAGUUCGGAGUGUAAGACUAUGCGUAAUAUGUUUUCACUGCCACUUACGAAACCGCUGAGAUAAAGUGAGAGAUUCGCUCUUUAUCGUAUGUAUUAAGGAUCGUAUAAGAAUGAGAGGUUACCUAUCGUUGAUUAAUCAUUGUUAGGAAAAUACGUAUAAAGGUACAUUACUGCUAUGCGUGGUACUGCUCAAAUCAUUUGUACAUUUUUGUAUGCGAAUCUAUGAGAUCAGGACAUAAAAGAAAAAGGAGAAAUUAGUAAGAAUAUUUCUAGAGUGUAGCAUGAUCUCUACUGCCAACCAUGCAUGUUAAAUGAAAUGAUCAAUUAUUAAAAUUUAGGUGUUACAUAAAAUUAAAGCCUCGAUCAUGGAAGUUUAAUAUCUAGGACGAUUAUCAUUUGUCCAAAUUUACAAAUGUAGAAUUUAAAAGUAAAGGGUCUGCAAAAUGAACUGGAAUAGAAAUAUGACGGUGACCUAUGAUCUAUGUCUCGGGUUUAAAAGUGAAAUCUUCGAAUUUUAUUUAAUUGUGGUUUUUUCGCGUGCGACGUCCACUACUUUUCAUGAAAUAUACAAUAUUUUUGUUUAUCAUUUAAAUCAUAUUUCUGCGAUAAGAGGUCAAUGUGUGUGUGCGCACUGUGAUUUUUGUUAGCAAAAUUCUCGAGCUUUAGCGAGGAAAAAAUGUAGAGGAAACAGAUAUACGCGAGAGUUGUGCGCCGCUCGCAGGGCGAUGAUACGCGGUGAUGAAAUGAGAAGGCAAGAUAUGAUUUUCGGAAAGGGGAGAGAAUAGAGACCAACCGUAGAAGAGAAGGAGAGCUUCUUGUUCAUCAGGUUAAUCGUACUUUAAGACAAAUGUACCUUCACUCACAGUCUCGUCAAUUGAUCACGGCGUUCACAGCCGACGUAACGUGCCAGAGCGCUUACCGUACCACCACCCUGUAUAUUAGCCCGAUCCGAGGAACUUGAGGAUUAAGAGUAAUAUCUUUUCCAUUGUUAAACUAAUAUUAUACAAGACAAAAUUAGCGGAAACGGAAUAAUUGAGGUACUGUCACUACAGCUACACUGGGCUGAAAGGCAAAGGAAAUCGCGUCACCUGCGAUUACCUGCAAGUGUUCUUUAAUAAAAACGGAUUUACUUUUAAUUUUCAACUCCUCGACCCCCGAUUCGAACAAACUGCGCGCGAGAGGGGGGUAGAAGGAAGAAGAAGAAAACAAAGUAGUUAGCUUUUCGCGCCACGAAAAAGGAUCAUCCACAAAAGAAGCGAUGUAUUUUUAAAUAUCUAGAAGCGCUAGUUCACCACCGAGUUAGUAGUUUCGAGGAAUUAAACAAGAGAAAAAGGAGGACCGCCGCGUUCUCCUCUUAUUUUCUACACAAUUGUACUCUAGACAAGUCAUAAAUGCCCCUAACUUUCGCUAAAUCAAUGUAUCAAUGUCGUCUGCUACCUUCAACCACUCUUUUUUUAUUUAAAGCAAUUAACAUACAUCUGUUCAGGAAAAAUUUUGUCAGGUUGUUCAAAAUCGCAGAUCCGCGAGUACUUUUAAAGACUGUGCGACGAGGAAAGACACAUGAAUACCUCGCUUUGCCCUGAAUCUAGAUAAUGUCAUUGGGGUGUGAAUUUUCAAGGCGAUCAUUUAACGUCUGCUAUCGAUUUAAGGUAAUCUCAGGAUAUAUUGAUAUAAAAUAUAAAAGAAAAAUAUAUGAGAUAGGUAACGUGUCGCGCCACAUGAUAAGAUGCCCAACUCUAGAUUCCCCAUCGCGUGAUCGAUUCCUUGAUCUUGAUGACAAAGUCCGACAUAGAAGAAGAUUCUUAGAAGAUUCUCGAAGGAUUCUAACAAAAUUCCUAAGAGACUAAUUACGAGUUUUGAUUUUAUUUCUGAAGGCUCUUAAAAAAUUAAUUUGCAUUUUCAUCUAAGCUCCUAUUCCCAUUCACUCAGAUUUACAUCAAGAAGUUACUAUAAAGCAAAAAUCCUAUCGAUGUCUGGAUAUCGGAAUAUACUCUUUUUUUUAUAGUGAAAUGAUAUAUGCAGAUGACAUUGUAAAUGCGCCCGAGAGAAUGGAAAAAAAACGUCGAUUGGUUUAGUCGCAAAGUGUGUCAAUUUGCACACAGCUUAUAAACGCCCGGGAGUCUUCAAUAAAAUUUACAAUAUAUUCGAGCGAAUGUUAAGGCAUUUGUGGCAUAAUUAGCGUACAGCAACGACGACCAUGCGCGACGCUUCGGGUCGAAAUGUAGAAAAGGAAAAUAAGAUACAUGAGCCGUAUUAAAGACGACUUGUGGUCCAUGACAAAACACCUUCGUCAGGAAGAUGUAAACAGUUUUAUUUCUCGUACAUUUUAAAUCGUACACACAAGCACGCUAUAUGAUCUCAACUUUGCACGAUGCCGGCGGAAAGAAAAGUGAUCGAUAUACCGCGUAUUAUUUUUCCACCGGUAGCCGCAAGUUCCGAACUGAUUUGACAUCUUUCGCUAUUCCGUAAAUUAUAUAUAUAUAUACAUAUAUACAUAUUAUAAAUAUAUAAAUAUAUAAAUAUAUAUAUAUAUUUAAUGUAAAGGAUAAGGAUAAUAGGAAAAUUCACAAGUAGAGAACUCGUACGAGCUUCUUCGUAAUUAGAAGAACGAGUCGUUUGUGCCACGAUCGCAAAUCGUGCGCGUUUGUUCGAUAUUUUCAUAAAUUAAAACGGUAAAUCAUGUGUAUGUAACGCGAAGAAAUAGGCGUGUGACGCUACUCUGAUCCUUCUAGUUCGAAAAUGAGUCCUUCAGUCUUUUGUAAAAGCUCCACUCACGUAAAAUUUCUGUUUAUCUGCGAGCUUAUCCCUCUUCUUGUAUGUAGAGAUGAAUAGGGAUUUUUCGACGGAAGGAUAUUCAGACGCGUGCAAACGAGUUCGAGCGUUCUCGAUAAACGCGCGCACAAAGGAAAGACCGUCGUUAAUUCUCCAUGGGCCGCAAUGCGAUUUCCAGGCGGGCACACAAUCGUGAUUUAUAUGUAAGGAAACUCUCUACGAGCAUUUCUUUUGAAUAAUGUCCAUGGAGGAUUAAAUCGUUCAGGGGACAGAGGAGGAGUGUAUAAGGGCAUAUUUUCGCUAUAAACUACUACUAUUAUUACUA